AUCAUUAUUAGCUGCUAAGAAAAUUGAAGCUCGUUCACUGCAUUACAAAGUAAGAAAGAUGAGCAACCCCACCAAAACACAUCAUCACUGUCUUUGUUAUUGUGACCACAGAGAGUUGACAAAUGAGGAGGUAGUUAAAAUCUAAGGGAAACUAUAUCAAUUUUUAACUAACCCCAUCUUCCGUCCCAUGUAUAUUUGGACUAUUGGACCCCCCCACAACCUUCCCUCUGUAUUUAUUUGGUCCUGGUGAGAAGGCCAUGAAGAGAGCUCCUUGUCUUCAAAAUAAUGAUGGUCAGAUCCUUUGAGUAGUUUCCUGUGGCCCUUCUCUUGUUCUGGCCCUAUAUGGGGCUCCACAGAGGGUACAAAAAACCUACCUGACUUGUACCUGAAACCACCUGCACAUCGUAGUUUCGAAGUCUUCUGUAUGUAUCGGAACCUUUUUAUCACCAGUUUCUGUCAUGCCACUAUGCCUUGUUUUCAUUUAUUACUUUUCAUCUUGGUCCUCUUGUCAUUGAGCCUUGGUUCUGCUUCUUGGUGCCCACGUAACUAUGCUCAACAAAAGAAUAGAGAAUUUGAGCAGAAGACUGAUCGUUUCUGGGAGUUCCAAGAGCAAUCCAAUACCUGGGUUGAAGUGGAGCUGCCAUAUGAACUUGUCUCUUGUGUUAAUGACAACUGUACUACAGUGGGUAAAAUUCAUCCAGUAACAAGAGAUGUAGAUGAGAACUUAGAAAGAGAGAAUAAUGAUUCCAAGAAAAAUGAGAAUCUGAAAAGGAAGGUUGAAGAUGGAGGAACAGAAGCGAAUUCUGAGAUUGUUCUGCCUUUGAGGAAGAGAAUUUCUCUGACUAAAAUGUCUGAGUCAUCCAUUUGGGUCACUGGUGAAAGUGGGUCUAUCUAUGAGAGGUUCUGGAAUGGAAUCCAGUGGGUGAUAGCACCCCAUGAUCUGCCAGUAUUGACUGGUCAUGCAAUCUGUGUCUUUAUUGUCAAUCAAACUAUUCUUGCUCUAUCAGAAGCAGGAACCCUAUAUCAGAUGAUACUCGGUGAGAGCUCACAGCCAAUUUGGGUAGAGUUCACACCUACUCUCGACGAAAGCACAAAUAGAGAAGCAGAACAAAGUUCAUUGAUGCUAAUAAAUUCCGGCCUCAUUUCUCAUGAUGGGCUGAAAAUUUAUUUCUGCACAAAGAAUGGCUCGUUAUUAGAACUCAGUGAGGCAGAGCCUCCAAGAUGGGAAAAUCACGGGCGACCACCUGGUGCAGAUGUUGCAGCAAUUGUUGAUGCUGCUACUAUUAGACCAGACGUAGUAUAUACCAUAAGUUCCACAGGAGAUCUUUAUGAAUAUGAUAGGAGCUCAAAGCCAUCAUGGAAGAAGCAUAUAUGGGCAGAAGGGACAAUAGUAGAUGCUUCUCUGAUGCCAUCAAUGGGAUGCACACUACAUGGCUUGAGUGGAGAAUACUCCAUCUCUCUUUUUCUUCUAACUAAGGGUGGUAAAUUGGUAGAGAGACGAUUAAACCAAAGGAAGUGGAAAUGGAUAGUCCAUGGAAGUCCCAAAGAUCAUAAGUUGACAUCUAUCACACCAGUUGUACAAGAUGAGACAAACGAAAAAUUCUUAUCAUUAUUUUUCACCACGUCGUCUGGAUCGGUUUUUGGGUAUCGAAUAUUGAAACAGUCAGGUGAGUGAAGCAGGUGGUAUAAAUUCUUCAGAAUCUAAAAACGAUGAGGCCUUUCACUAUUCCUUUUCUUAUGCUUUCUAAUGAUAUUCCUCCAUGGAGUCAGUGAAGGACAGUUGCAUAACAAGGACAAUCUACAUAUGUUUCUCCCUUUU